AUGCCCUUUAUAAUCACUCCUCUAUGUGUAUUAGUUCGUAGUACUUUAGUAGCUUCUAGUGUGCCUAGAAUAAUGGCUACCCGGCAUAAUAGUUAUAUGGCAUUAUUCAAAGAAUCUUUAAAGUCUGCAAAGAAUGUUGCUAUAGUCACUGGUGACGAUAUAAGCACAGAAUCUGGUGUUCCUAUUUACGGCAAAACUAGUUUUUGGAGGAAGUAUCAGACUUCCACACUAGCAACAUCAGGAGCAUUUCUGACAUUCCCUAGUUUAGUUUGGGAAUUCUAUCAUUACAGACGAGAAAUGGCGGUAAAUGCACAGCCUAAUGAGGCUCACAAAGCGAUAGCGUUGUUUGAAGAAAAACAUGGUAAGGAUAAGUCGAUAACUGUGAUUACACAGAGUAUAGAUGGCCUCCACUCAAGAGCUAACACAAAGAACCUCAUUGAACUUCAUGGCAGUUUGUUCAAGACAAGGUGCAUCAAGUGCAAUGACGUUGUACCUAAUAAUGACCACCCUAUUUGUGAAGCUUUAGCAAACAAAGGAUCUCCAGAUAGCACCGAUACAAAUUCAGACAUUCCUGAGAAACUACUACCACACUGCAGUAAGCCCAGUUGUACUGGCCUGCUUAGACCAGACAUUGUCUGGUAUGGAGAUAGCAUAGACCCUUCUGUGAUUCAAAAAGCAGAGGCAGUAAUUUCAGCUUGUGAUCUGUGCCUAGUAGUUGGGUCGCCCUCACUAUUAUUUCCAGCAGCGCAAUAUGCCCCUGAUGCAAUGAAUAAUGGAGCAAUAAUCGCAGAAUUUAAUAACGAAAUGGAUACAAACUCGAACUACCAUUAUUCCUUUGUUGGCCCCUGUAGUGUUACACUACCUGAGGCUCUGGACGUUUAA